AUGGAUCAGUACGAGGUGCUGGAGCAGAUUGGGAAGGGCUCCUUUGGCUCUGCGCUCCUGGUCAGGCACAAGGUUGAGAAGAAGAGGUAUGUCCUGAAGAAGAUCCGGCUCGCCCGCCAGACCGCCAGGUGCCGUCGAUCCGCGCACCAAGAGAUGGAGCUCAUUGCGAAAGUAAGGAGCCCGUACAUUGUGGAGUACAGAGAUUCUUGGGUGGAGAAGGGCUGCUAUGUGUGCAUCGUGAUCGGUUACUGCGAGGGAGGGGACAUGCUAGAGGCCAUUAAGAAGGCUAACGGCAGCCAUUUCCCGGAGGAGAAACUCUGUGUGUGGCUUGUGCAGCUCCUGAUGGCGCUUGAUUACCUGCAUGCCAGUCAUAUCCUUCAUCGAGAUGUGAAGUGUUCAAAUAUAUUUCUUACAAAGGACCAAAAUAUACGGCUCGGUGAUUUUGGGCUGGCUAAAGUAUUGACUUCUGAUGAUUUAGCUUCAUCGGUUGUAGGAACUCCCAGUUACAUGUGCCCUGAGCUUCUUGCUGAUAUUCCAUACGGCUCCAAGUCCGACAUAUGGUCGCUAGGAUGCUGCAUCUAUGAGAUGACUGCGCUGAAGCAUGCAUUCAAAGCAUUUGAUAUGCAGACACUGAUAAACAAGAUUAACAAGUCUGUCGUCGCUCCUCUACCGACUAUAUAUUCGGGUGCAUUUAGGGGCCUCAUCAAAAGCAUGCUGCGCAGAAAUCCGGAUCACAGACCAAGUGCUGCGGAUCUGCUAAACCACCCGCAUCUUCAGCCCUAUGUGUUGGAAAUCCAAUCGAAAUCAAGUCCGGCUCGCAAUAUGUUCACAGCUAUACUUCCUAACAGACAUGAAAAAAACAAGACUGCAUCUUCUGAUGAUGAAGACACUUGCAAACCCCAAUAUGUUAAGAGUCAUUCAUUUAAAGCACAGAGAAUUGUGGAACUUGACAAUGCCACUGCUAACCAUGGCCCUCCUCAGUCUACCAGAACAGCAAAAGAUUGUUCAGAACCGCUUCAUCAACAGAUGGGUCAGUUACCAGUCCAGGUCACCAACGAAGUUGUCAAAGAAGCGAUGGAUGAUAAACAUUCAAAAGAAAGAGGAUCACCAGCACGUACCCCUCGAAGGGCGUCCUCUACUCCUAGGAGACGGCUAGAACCUGCAAAAACAUUUCAUGCUAGAACAGCUCACAAAGAGGAGCAGCCUCCCCCAUCAGGAUCUUCAGUGGAUCAGACAAUACAAGCUACACGGCGAGCAUCACUUUCCCCACACAUGUUCAAAGCAGCUGAGAAGAGGCGAGUCGUCAACAUUCUCACCAAAUUGAAGUCUCCUGAUGUUUCAGUUAAUGCACCUCGAAUCGACAGAAUUGCUGAAUUCCCACUGGCAUCCUCUGAAGAUCCAUUGUAUCCCAUCAUGAAGCUCAUGCCACCAUCUAUCACUGACAAAUCGAUUACCAAGGACAAAUGCACUUUCCAAGUGCUCCGGGGGGGCAGCGAAAGCCACACCAACACUCGUGAUCCGAACCUGCUCAGUAUCGACAAUAAUCAAGUCGGAAGUUCGUCCGAUUGGAGGCAGAAGAGGUUUGACACGACGUCCUACCGGCAGCGAGCUGAGGCUCUAGAGGGCUUGCUUGAGUUCAGUGCCCAGUUGCUCCAACAAGAGAGACUUCAGGAGCUGGGGAUCUUGCUAAAGCCUUUUGGGCCUGGGAAGGCGUCUCCAAGAGAGACAGCCAUAUGGUUGUCAAAGAGCUUCAAAGAAACGGGAUUAUAA